CCUAAAAUGGAGGAGUCCUGUCCAACAAAUGCCACUAUUUGCAAUGGUGCCUCUUGUCUACAGCCUGUUGACAAUUUCAAUUACAUACUUGGUAUUACCCUAAGUACUGUGAUUACAACCUUAUUGGCACUAGUCAUGUUUUCCCUGGGCUGCAGUGUGGAAUUUCAGAAAUUUUGGGGUCAUAUUAGGCAUCCCUGGGGAAUAGUUGUAGGAUUUCUUUGUCAGUUUGGAAUAAUGCCACUUGCAGGUUUUGUGCUAUCCCUUGUGUUCAAUAUUCUGCCUAUUCAGGCUGUUGUGGUCCUUAUCAUGGGCUGCUGUCCAGGAGGAACAGGUUCCAAUAUCUUGACAUACUGGAUAGACGGUGAUAUGGAUUUAAGUUUAAGUAUGACAACCUGCUCCACACUGCUUGCAUUGGGUAUGAUGCCUUUGUGCCUCUUUGUGUACACCAAAAAAUGGGUUGACUCAAGUGCCAUCAUAAUUCCUUAUGACAGUAUAGGGAUUUCCUUGGCAACUCUAGUUAUUCCUGUUGCAGUAGGGAUGUUUGUUAAUUAUAAGUGGCCUGAAAAGGCAAAGAAAAUACUUAAGGUUGGUUCAAUUGUGGGAGGAAUUCUCAUAGUGCUGGUCGCUGUGAUUGGUGGAGUUCUCUACAGGGGAUCCUGGACAAUUGAUCCAAAGCUGUGGAUUUUAGGGACGAUAUUUCCUGCCAUUGGCUAUACAGUGGGGUUUGCAUUAGCUUACAUAUCCAAUUUGACUCCAAGCAGAAGUCGCACAGUGGCUCUCGAAACAGGGAUGCAAAACACCCAGCUUUGUUCCACUAUUGUACAACUAUCGUUUCCACCGGAACAGCUUGGUCUGAUUUUUACAUUCCCACUUAUCUACAGUAUUUUCCAACUCCUGAUAGCACUUGUACUUCUAGCAGGUUACAGAAUAUAUUUAAGAACUUGUGGAAAAAAACCAGAGCAAGAAAACACAGUUGAGUCACCCUACGCUGUAACAAACGGUGGAUUUAAUCUAGAUGAGAAAUCAACAAAGUGAGAUAGCAAUAUACCAUCCUGGGUGCAAAACUGACAGUGGAAGAAGAAGGAAUUGAAUAGCAGGAGAGAGCA